AUGAUGAAGCUAGUUCUUGUUACUGUGGCAGUUUACUUGCUACAAGCCGUGUCUCUUUCAGAAGGAGCAGGGUGCCAGAGAAGGGUAUGUUACCAUACAAACUGGUCACAGUACAGACCAGUAGGAGGAAAGUUUAAACCCAAUAAUAUAGACCCUUCUCUGUGCAGUCACAUCAUAUACGCCUUCGCCAAAUUGGUGGGUAAUAAUUUAAAAGCCUUCGAAUGGAAUGACGAAUCAACAGACUGGAUGGUUGGUCUAUACGCGGAAUUUACCAAUUUAAAGAAGUCAAAUCCUGGGUUAAAGACCAUGUUGGGUGUUGGUGGGUGGAAUAUGGGAUCAGGUCCAUUUCAUGCCAUGGUUGCUACUGCUGCUGGCAGAAACGCUUUUGCCACCUCAACUGUUCAGUUCUUAAGAAAACGUAACUUCGACGGGCUGGAUCUUGAUUGGGAAUAUCCCGCUAACAGAGGAAGUCCUCCACAAGACAAAGGUUUAUUUACAGAAUUAGUUAAGGAGAUACAGGCUGCUUUCCGUGCUGAUGCUCAACAAUCUGGUAAACCUAAGCUAAUUCUAAGUUCCGCGGUUGGCGCUGGAAAAGAUAAAAUAGAUACUGCAUAUGAUGUCCCAGCAAUAUCCAAAGAAUUAGAUUUCAUUAAUCUGAUGACCUAUGAUCUUCAUGGAAGUUGGGAGUCAUUCACUGGUCAUAAUGCACCACUGUAUGCUAGAUCAGAUGAAAAAGGCGACCAAGCUCUGUUGAACGUGGAUUGGGCAGCAAGGUAUUGGGUGCAAAAAGGAGCACCAAAAAAUAAGAUUAAUGUAGGAAUUGAUCUUUAUGGACGAGCAUUUACUUUAAAAGAUCCUAACCACAGUCUUCCCGGUGAUCCAACAAGCGGUCCAGGACAUGCUGGUAAAUUUACCCGAGAAGCUGGAUUCCUGAGCUACUAUGAGAUUUGUGAUAUCAAGAAGUCCGGCGGUCAAGUGCACAGGAUAAAAGAACAGGAUGUACCUUAUAUUGUAAAAGGUGAUCAAUGGAUUGGUUAUGACGAUACUACUAGUAUUAGAGAAAAGGCUCGAUAUGUUAAAGACAAUGGUUUUGGUGGUGUCAUGGUUUGGGCAUUGGAUCUGGAUGAUUUCCAAGGAACAUGUGGAGAAGGCAAAUAUCCUCUUAUGAAAGCUGUUAAUGAUGAAUGUAAUACUCCGUCUACCGGAAAUCAUCAACAUAAUACACCACGUCCAAAUGUCGUUGUAACAGUUGGCCCCCAAAUAACUCAACCAACCAAUCAUCAUGUUGAUCACUCCACAGAUUUUUCUUGUAUUAACAAACCCGAUGGUUUUUAUCCCAGCGCUACGUCAUGUGAACAUUAUUACAUUUGUACUACCGGUAACAGCUUCAGUGUUGCGUGUGCACAAGGAUUGGUAUUUAACCCUAAUACAAGAUUCUGUGAUUGGCCAAAGAAUUAUCAAUGUACUACAGGUGGACAGGUGACUCAACCUGUUAACCAUGUUACUCCAGUACCCCAAACACAACGACCUGUUGGCACAGUGACACAUUCAACUUCAGUAUUAAAUGAAUCUAACUAUUGUAAAGAUAAAUCAGAUGGAAUAAUGAAAGAUCCUAUGGACCCAUGUAAUGCUUUCUUUGAGUGCGCUAAUGGUAUAACCUACAAAAUAUCCUGUCCACCAGGAACUAAGUUUAGAGAAGAUAUAAAACUGUGUGACAUGCCCCAAAACGUCCAAGGAUGUUAAAUAAAUAUUUUUAGAAAUGCAAAA